CCCAGCGUGCCCCGCGCGCCGGGGGGGGAAGAGGCAGGGCAGGAAGGGGCAAGGGGGAGAGAGACCGGGAGCAUGAAGCUGUACUGCUUGUCAGGCCACCCAACUUUGCCAUGCAACGUACUCAAGUUCAAAUCCACCACCAUCAUGUUAGACUGCGGACUGGAUAUGACUUCUGCCCUCAACUUCCUCCCGCUGCCACUGGUUCAGAGUCCCAGGCUGUCCAAACUCCCUGGCUGGGUUUUAAAAGACGGAAACACUUUUCUGGACAAGGAGCUAAAGGACUGUUCUGGCCAUGUGUUUGUCGACUCCGUGCCUGAGUUUUGUUUGCCAGAGACUGAGUUGCUGGAUCUGUCCACGGUAGAUGUGAUCUUGAUCUCGAACUACCACUGUAUGAUGGCACUGCCUUAUAUCACAGAGUGCACAGGCUUUACUGGAACGGUGUAUGCUACUGAACCGACUGUCCAAAUUGGCAGACUUCUUAUGGAAGAGCUGGUGAACUCCAUUGAACGUGUGCCGAAGGCUCAGUCUGCCUCUUUAUGGAAGAAUAAGGAAGUACAGAGACUGCUGCCUGCCCCUCUGAAGGAUGCAGUGGAGGUAUCUACCUGGAGGAGAUGCUACACUAUGCCCGAGGUGAACUCUGCACUCAGCAAGAUCCAGCUGGUGGGGUAUUCUCAGAAAAUUGAGCUGUUUGGCGCUGUGCAGGUCACUCCUCUCAGCUCUGGCUAUGCACUUGGAAGCUCCAACUGGAUUAUACAAUCGCAUUAUGAAAAGGUUUCCUAUGUUUCAGGAUCCUCCCUACUUACAACACACCCACAGCCCAUGGACCAGGCUUCUCUGAAAAACAGCGAUGUCCUCAUUCUGACCGGCCUUACCCAAAUUCCCACGGCUAACCCUGACGGCAUGGUAGGGGAGUUCUGCAACAACUUGGCAAUGACCGUGCGCAGUGGAGGGAACGUGUUGGUGCCCUGUUAUCCCUCAGGAGUAAUAUAUGACCUGCUGGAGUGCCUGUACCAGUAUAUCGAUUCUGCAGGACUCUCCAAUGUCCCCUUUUACUUCAUCUCUCCUGUUGCCAACAGCUCCCUGGAGUUCUCCCAGAUCUUUGCUGAGUGGCUGUGUCAUAAUAAGCAGACAAAAGUCUAUCUCCCGGAGCCCCCCUUUCCCCAUGCCGAGCUCAUUCAGACAAACAAACUGAAGCACUAUCCCAGCAUCCAUGGAGACUUCAGCAAUGAUUUCAAACAGCCGUGUGUUGUGUUUACUGGACACCCCUCCCUCCGGUUCGGGGACGUGGUGCACUUUAUGGAGCUGUGGGGAAAAUCUAGUCUGAACACCAUUAUAUUUACAGAGCCUGACUUCUCUUAUCUGGAUGCACUGGCUCCUUAUCAGCCUCUGGCUAUGAAAUGUGUUUACUGCCCCAUUGACACAAGACUGAAUUUUAUUCAGGUGUCCAAAUUACUCAAAGAAGUCCAGCCCCUCCACGUCGUUUGUCCAGAGCAGUACACCCAGCCACCACCCACGCAGUCCCAUCGCACAGACUUGAUGAUAGACUGCCAGCCACCACCAAUGUCAUACCGCAGAGCAGAGGUGCUAACCCUCCCGUUCAAGCGGCGCUACGAAAAGAUUGAAAUCAUGCCAGAACUUGCAGAUUCGCUGGUUCCCUUGGAGAUUAAGCCUGGCAUUUCCUUAGCAACAGUUUCUGCUAUGCUGCAUACUAAGGACAACAAGCACGUGCUCCAGCUGCCUCCAAAACCAGCUCAGCCCCCGGCCAGCAAGAAGAGAAAGCGGGUGAGCGACGACCUGCCAGAGUGCAAACCAUUAAAGCCACUUCUGAGUGGUGCCAUCCCUGUGGACCAGUUUGUACAGGCGCUGGAGAAGCAUGGUUUCAGUGACGUGAAGGUGGAGGACACGGCAAAGGGGCACAUCGUGCUGCUGCAGGAGGCAGAAACCCUCAUUCAGAUAGAAGAGGACUCGACGCACAUCAUCUGCGACAACGAUGAGACGCUCCGGGUGAAGCUGCGGGACUUGGUUCUCAAAUUCCUUCAGAAAUUUUAGCCCCUUCCUGUUGAGCUGCAGCCCUUCAUCAUGAGGAAAACCAAGCAAGCCCACGAGGUGACGGUGGCACCCCAGGGAACCAAAUGCAACACUUCCCACUGUGGGAGCCCGGGGAGAGCCCUUUGGAUACACCUUCUCCCUCGCAAGCAAAAUGGGAGGACAGUUUUUUAAAUAUACUUUUUUUAAUUUGAACCCGUUUUGGAGCAUUUCAGAGCCAAUUCCCUUGCUGUAAAUUUGGGUUUGGGAGCCCUCUGGCAGUCUGAUUUGCAAAAGAAAAUGCAUAUGUUCCAAGUAUGAGCUGUCGAGGUGAAAAUUGUUCGCAGAAACAAAUAUCCCAGCAUGUCACAGAGAACAGCGCUAGCCCCCAGUCUUCUGCAUAGAGAAGAUGGAGUUGCGUGUGGUCCCAGCUGAGCCCGAGAAGAGGGGGAUAUGUAUUAUUUAUUAUUCUCUGAGCCCAAGAUUUCCAAUAAACGCAGGUGUCUAACGCUGGGCUCCCAGCUUUGUAGAAAGGCACUUUAUUAAACAGUGUGGUUUAUUUUCCCCUCCAAAUUGUUGAGCAUCCAGAAGCU